CUUACCGAACCCUACUGCAGCUGCUUUUGUUUCCUUAUGCCCUCGACCGCCGCGAUGUCGUCGUCUUGGGACGGGUACGGCGGGCAGAUCUUCCCCGCAGACAUGUCGUCGUUCCACCGCCACCAGGACACCCUGGAGGCGGUGUUCCACCACCCGCCGCCUGAGACGACGACGACGACGGGGCUGCUGAGGAACGACGGGUCAUCACCGGUGGUGGACGACGGCGGCGGCCACGCCGCACCGCGAAGGCGGCCGUUCCGGACGGACCGCCACAGCAAGAUCCGCACGGCGCAGGGCGUGCGCGACCGCCGGAUGCGGCUGUCGGUCGGGGUCGCGCGCGAGUUCUUCGCGCUGCAGGACCGCCUCGGCUUCGACAAGGCCAGCAAGACGGUGAACUGGCUCCUCACCCAGUCCAAGCCGGCCAUCGACCGCCUCGUCGACGCCGCCGCCGCCGCCGACGACCCCGCGGCCGUAGCAGCCUCAGGAGGCCGACGACCGACGGUGGUGAGGGGCAGAGGCGAGGGCAGCUCCUCGAGCACUUGCUGCUGCUUGACGGACUCGAGAGAGGCCGCCGAGGAGGCGACGGGGAACGGGAGAAGCAGAGGCGGCCCUGACGACGGGCCACCGGCAGCGCUUCUGGAAGGACACGGCGGCUGCGGCGAGCUGGGCUGGAUCAUGUCGGGAGCGCCCACAGCAGCGGUGGCAACGACGACGACGACGACGCCGCAGCAGCCGGACGGGCACGAGUACUACUACCAGUAUUGCCUGCAGCUCGAGGAGAUGAUGCGAUGCAGCAACGACGAAGGAGAAACAACGCCAGGUGAUUUCUUGUAUGGUAUGCAGACGCGUGAUAGGUCUUGAGCUCUCUAAACGCGCGUGAGAGGAUUUUCCAUUACGUCCUGAGAUUAUGCUGAUCUGCUGCCAUGAUGAUCCAUUACUACUGCAUAUCUAUCUAGUACAUAUAAAUCUCAACUGGUUCUUUAUCUCAUCAAUCAAGAUCCAAAGGCCCA